AUGUCGUCCACUCAACUCUCCUUCUCCCUUCGUGUUUCCUCCGGUGUCAAGACCGUCCACUUGCUCGGCUCCUGGGACGGCUACGUCGGCCAGCUCCCUCUCUCUAAGGACAAGACUUCCUCCAAGUCCGGCUCAUGGAAGGGCACCUUCAAGUUUGGCGGCUCCACUCUCUCCGCCGGCUCCCGCUACUGGUACUACUACAUCAUCGACGGCUACCACGUCGCCCACAACCCCAGCGUCGCCUCCACCGUUGAGCCCACCACCGGCCGCGAGUUGAACAUCCUCGACGUCCCCGCCGGCUCAAAGUCGUCCAGCAAGUCCAGCUCCAAGUCCAGCAGCACCAGCUCCUCCAAGUCUUCCUCAAAGUCCUCUUCCCACUCCUCGUCCCGCAGCUCCCGCCACUCCUCCAAGGACAAGGACUCCAAGUCAAGCCGCCACCGCUCCUCGUCGCGCGACAUCCCCAAGGGUCGCCCCCUCUCCGUCUCCCAGAUCAAGGCCCCCAAGCCCAUGUCGCCCCACGCCACCCAGCACAUCCUCAACAGCGACUACUGCGACGACGAGACCAUUGAGGAGCUCACCGCCCGCUUCGGCGCCGCCGGCUUCGACGAGGAGGACAUCGUCACCGACUUCUCCGCCUCCGGCUCCCCCGUCUCCUCCACCGGCUCCAGCCUCUCCUACCGCUCCGACAGCUCCAGCCCCAGCUCCUCGCUCUCCGGCUACAGCACCCCCGGCUCCGACGUCAGCACCUGCACCUGCGAGCGCUACGGCAUCACCCGCAAGGGCGACCGCGUCAAGAUCGACUGCGGCGGCGCCCGCUGCGGCUACGACGACAGCUCCGACUGCUCCGACUCCGAGUCCGAGGAGGAGGAGGAGUACGCUCCCUCCACCACCCGCCGCCACGGCAUCGUCAAGGCCCCCACGUGGCCCGUACAUUCAUUUCGUCGCGCGAUUGCCCCGCGCUCGCCGACGUGCUAA